AUGCAGGCUUUCGUACGUGGGUUAAAAGAACCCCUAGGUUCACGUAUCCGUUGCAUGCGUCCAGAAACGAUUGAAAAGGCUUUAGAAUUUGUUCAAGAAGAACUAAAUAUAAUGUAUUUACAGCAGCGUAAUGAUCCUCCUAAAUAUAAUACUCAGAAUACGUCUAAGACUACGUCUCAUAAUAUAGUAUUAAAUAGUCCCAGCGCUAUGCGACCCGUACCUAACUGGCCCGUUCCAGUUGGACCGCGUUAUUACCAGCCACAACCCCAAGGUUUUAAAUUUAACUCUCCUGUUGCACAGCCCCAAGCUUUUAAAUUCAAUAAUCAACAGAAUCGUUUCCCUAGUCGAACCCAGCAAAUGUUUCGCGCACCGCCACCGAAUUACAACCCCCAGAGUAAUGUGUUUCGUUUACCGCCCCGAUCAAAUCCCCCACACAAUUUUAAUGUGAAGCCUAUGAGUGGAGUCAGUCACUUUGUUCCUAAGCCAUUACCACCUAGAAUCCCUGGACAUGACUGGCAGAGAUUUGGAAACCCUCCUCCAUCGAAUUACUUGAAAUCAAAAGAAGUUAACUUUAAUGAGACUUAUGACGACUAUAAUUGUUACCCAGACUACUAUUACGACCAAUACUAUACCGACUAUACUGAUUCGUACAGUGAUUAUAAUUAUCAUGACUAUCAAAAUACUAUUCAUACCCCCUACGAGUACCCUUAUGACAUCGACUCUCAAGACUACAACUCACCUUCUAAUAACAAUGAAGAACCCCCACAACCUUCUACAAGUCAAAAGGAGCAGGAUUUUACGAAGGAUUCCCGCGAUUCAAAACCAAGAUAG